AUGCUUUCACCAAAAUGCGCAUCUACUGCUUCGUACCAGUCUUUAUCAGCAUACCUUGGCUUCAAUAGAAGGAAACUCGAUGGCCUGAAAUAUGCUCAGGUUUCUUCCCGCAACCAAAUCCCAGCCCUGCAGAAAAAUCAUAAGAAGAAUAACCAAGUUCAUGCAAAGCAUAAUGUGGUAGCAAGUGAAUCCUUACAUGCUACGAAGAAGUUGAAACGCAUGGACGUCAGAGAUGAUUUAGCUUCAGGGCACAUUCCAAAAGAUGUGAAAACUUUUUUGCCUUGCUCUACUUUUGUUGAAGACAAAUCAUCUAAAAUGUUAGAGUUGAAAAGGUCCACAUUAAAUUCAAAAACAGAAAAAAGCUUUGUCCAUGAGUUGCUACCUAUGACCAAACAACAUAGCCAAGUUCAGAAAACUAUGCUUGGUUCUGAUAAAGUUGCUUCUGGUGAUAAAAAAGUUUGGAACAAUCUUAAACUGAAAGGUGAUGCAAAGAAUGUUACGACAAAACAUGCACAAAAGAAAUGUAAAGUUGUUUGCCUCAAUGAAGAUGAUGAUGUACCUAAAACACCUGUUCAUGGAGGAGCUUCAAAAAAUAUUAAGUCGCCUUUUGCUUCAGAUAUCAAGAAUGGAAAUAAUGCACAUUCUGAGAAAUUUGAUGCUGCUAAGCUGGCUCACAGAAAUUCUAGUGAACUUGAGGAAGGUCAUUUGAAAGAACCAUGUUCUCAAUUACAUGUUGAUGCAUCAUCUAUUAAGCCCCCUGAAAAAGAGAAAGUCGAUGAAGCCACUCCCGUGCACAUUCCUCUUAGUCGGGAUAAGUUAGAUUCAAAGCAGUUUCCCUCCAAGGUGACAAGAGUAAGCUCUGCCUCCCCAGUAAAAUCACCUCAGCCAGUUCUUGCAACAACAGAGUCAAAUGUUGAGCGUAAUAAAUCUUCCAUACCUUUGCUUAAAGCUUCCAGCAUUGCUACUCCAAAGAAGGCUGAUAACGGGUCUUCCAAAUCUUCGCAUAACCUCAUCUCUUCUCAAAACCAAGUUUAUGCUCAUAAGAAGAAGCUAGCAUCUUCAGCUGAAAAUUCCAAGACUACUCUAAAAACAUCUAAGACUAUGAAGCAUCUUAUUUCAGUUGCCCAGGCAAAAUGGAAAAAAGCUCAUUCUCAGUAUCUUUCUUCUGAUAUUCAUAAUGUCCAGGGGGGAACUCCUAGCCCAUCCACAGUUCAGCCCUGCAUUACCAGUUUAGCCCUGCAUUACCAGAAAAACAAUGGCCCUGCAUUACCAGUUCAACCCUGUAUUAAAUUAAUAAAACCAAACAGAAAAAAUUAA